AUGCAGGGAACCAAUGCAGAACUGUACAUAGAGAUGGUCUUAGCAAAAAAGGUUUCCCAGUGCCGGUCCAAACCCUGGCAGCACAACCGCUGCCUGCCCCCGGCCCCGGGCCUGCGUUCAACACCCGCCGGCGCCGGUUACUACUCACCCCCGGGAGGGACGCGGUCAUCUGCCCCACCGCACCUCCUCAUGUGCCGAGCCAAGGAAAACAUCCAGGAAAUGAAGAAAGAGCUUGAUUCGCUUUUGCAAACAGCUGAGAAGGCAUUUACAGUGGAGCUGCUGAAGAUGCCGGUUGCCAUCAGGAAAAUGAAAAGAAAAGACUUGCUUCAUUUGCAAGGAGGGGAGGAAGUGGCUCUUGCUGCUGCAGUGACUGACUGCUCUCUAGAAGACAUACCAAAUCCAAAACUGGUGAGGACCAACAGCAAAAAAGUUAAGGUAACUACAAUUGUUGAAUAUGAAGAUGCCAAGCAUGUUUCUUCAAAGAAAAUAUCUAAAAAAGUUUCCAAAACAAAGUCUUUGGUUUCAUUGACCUCUGGUUUAAAUAGCAAACUGAACCCUCUUUCUAGGUCUGUUCACUCUUCUGCAAGUGUGACUGGCGCCGUUAAGUCUCUUCCUUCUGAUUGCAGUGCCACAAAUUUCAAAGCCAUGACAAAGGUAUCUAAAAGUGCUGGACUACCACAGACUGCCUCAAGAACCGUACCUACCAGUGGAAGAGUUCAAGGCAUGUUGCUAAGAAGUAAAUCCGUACCCCAACAUAAAACUGUUCCGUUUGUAAACAUUCCCCUGGCUGAUGGACAGACACUCUGUACGGCUGCUGGAGACCUCCAUAAUAUUGAUGUGCAACUACUAAAUCAAGAUACAGUACAACAUAUUCAUAACUUAGUGAGUGAGCUGGCUGUACUAUGUGGAAAGGCAACAGCUAAACAGAGUUAAUGGAACGAUCUUGUGACUACAGAAUAUUCGUGACAGCUCUUGCUUGCUACCUCUGAAGUGUUUAGAGAAUGUCUGUAAUGUCUUAAUAAAGCUGUAUACUGCCCAGUAAAUGUUUUUAUAUUUAAGCUU